UCUAGGGUUCUUCGAUUUGUUGGCUCGGCGGACGCGCAUUUGCGCUGCGUCGCCUUGUUUCCUCCCGGCUAGCUCGGAUCUUGGUGCUGGAUGCGGAAAUGCGGCGUUCCGAAAGAAUGUGAGUUGCUGGAUCGAGCAGGAUGUAUGCUGUAGCUCCGCAAUCCGGAUACGUGCAUCACAGCUUCGUCGAUUCACAGUAUUCCAAUCACAGCGGAUGUUUGAGGUAGUGCGUAAGUUAGGAGCAAAAGCAGGAAAACUCACGAUGGAAAGAGAACAUACACCCAAUUUACCGGGCGCAUUCUCUCGAAUACAUUCGGCUAUGUAAUGAGCUCUAUUCCCACCCCGAAAAUAGCAAGGCACAAUUCGUCCACAUCCAUACCAUGGAAGAUCAAACGAACGCCAGCAAAGUUCCUGCUUGCAGCAUCUCCGAGCCUGAUCUAAGUCGACGGACCGAUGAGAACGCAUCAAAACCACCUCCCAAUGGUUUCUUACGUCGGGCUGGAUCGAGCGUGUUCCAAAGGGCGACAAGCUUUGUGUCGAGAGGCAAACAGGCAAAUCUCGAAGAAGGCAACAUGCGAUUCGACGGUGCGUGCAUCGAGAGCACAGCUGCGAUGAAUACAAAUCUAGGACCGCAAGAGCACAGGGAACUCCCAGAAGCGCGGAAGAACAGUCCGGCCCUUUACGUCCAAUGCAGUGAGUACUACUCAAGGUGUGUGAAUUCGUUUGGUAGAGAUGGAAUCUCUCAUCUCGCCGCAACUGCGUCCAAUCAUGAAAUUGUCCGGCCGCAAGCCGCAAGCCCAAAGAGUGGAAGUAUGAUUGGGAAAAUGAAUUUAAAGGCAAAUUGUUUUAAACGGUUAGUCUUGAAUCAGCCCUAA